GGUAACACCACAUCAUCAAUAACACAGGAACCAGUAUAGGAUCGGAGAUCAAUGACGACGGCGCCAACGAUGAUGUUUCCGCUUAAACAAAUUCAAAAGCUACUGCAGCGGUUAUGGGGGAACUGGAACAUCCAUGCCAUUGUUGUAGCUAGCCUUGGGUUCCAGUGCGUGCUGGAAUUCGUUGCGCCGUUGAGAAAAAGGAGAAAGAAAGGGUCCACCCACCUCACAAUCUGGUCUGCCUAUUUACUUGCCGACUACUUUGCUACCUUCGGCAUAGCCCUCAUCAAUAGCAACUCCGACGACCAAGACGCCGCCGGCAACAAAUCCUCCCUCCUGGAGGCUUUCUGGGCACCCUUCCUCUUGCUCCACUUGGGCGGCCCCCACGCCAUCACCUCCUUCAACAUAGAAGACAACAACUUAUGGCAUCGCCAACUCCUCACCCUCAUUGUUCAGACUUUCUCCGUUCUCCUUGUUUUCUACCGCUACCAAAUCUACCGCCACCGCUGCUUAACCAUCUCCGCCGGGAUCGUCUUCUUCGUCGGAAUUGUCAAGUACGCUGAACGGACCCACUCCCUUUACCUGGCAUCUGUGUCCCAUAUGAGGAGGUCAAUGCUCGAAAAUAAUUCUUCUUCAAGUAAGGGAUCCGAGGAGCUGUCGUUGCCGGCGAAUCCGGACAAACUGGAGAUCAUCCACAGGGGGUACAUAUACUACCAACUCUUCAAAGGAUUCAUCUUGGAUCAUGCGUUUAUCCACAUUGAGGAUAAACUAGAGGCGGUUAGGAAGGUGUUUCUAACGCUAGAUCAUGAGACCGCGUAUAAAAUCCUGGAAGUGGAACUCAACUUCAUGUAUGAGUCCAUGUUCACCAAGAUGGCUGCCGUCCAGUGGAUAAGUUCAUUCGGAUAUGCAUACCGAUUUGUGGUUCAUGUUUUACUUUUAGCGGUGACCAUCACGUUUUACUUCUGUAACAAGUCCGGCGCUAGUUCUCUUCACAUCUCUAUUACCUAUCUCUUGCUGGGCGGUGCAGUUGUGUUAGAUUUGGUGGCUCUAUGGAAGCUGGUUUGCUCUGAGUGGACUGUAGCUCUAAUGAUGGAGAAGCCCAGAGAAGAGAGAAAUAAUCUGAGAAACUGGAUUUCGAGGCACAUGAGAGACCCGAGGAUAAUGAAACGCAUCAACACUAUACAUACAUGGAUUUCGUCCAGAAAACGUUGGUCCAAAGAAAUCCGACAAUACAGCUUGAUUAACCACUCCUCCUUUAAGAAACGGUGGCAACCGUUGGACAGAAUAAUCAACAGCUCCGGCCUCAUCAGAGAGAGACUUGAUGCGUGGCAGUACACUACAAUUCAGCCGGUUGAGUGCCUCUUGCUCCACCGGGUUUUCCAUGCCAUCAAGAACAAGGCGGAGGCAACAGAGACUAAAGGCGGCGGUGAUGAACAACGGCGACCUGAGGUUCAUCAUGAAUACGACAAUAGUGUGUUAAUUUGGCAUGUUGCUACGGAGAUAUGCUAUUUCAGCGGAGGACAAGAAACAACAAAAAUGAAAGAUAAUAAAAAACUGUGCAGAAAUAUUUCGGAAUAUUUGGUGUACUUUCUGGUAAUGGAGGGGAAACUCACGUCCACAGUUCCCGGAAACAUAGGAUUGAGAUUCAAAGACAUAUGCUGGGAAGAAGUUAAAGACACCAUUAAUGAAAUUGUGGCGGGCUUGUCCAAAACAACAUUCCGGAGACACCGUUUGGUGGACCACAUCAACUCCAUCACCUCUGCAAAACUCAAUGACUUCAAGGAUGCCGCCAUUAACCUCGCCAACCGGAACAACAGAAACAACAAUAAUAAUAAUGCUACAGCAGAUCAAUGUAAUAGGAAGCGCACAAGGUGGGAAAAACUUAAAAUGAAAUGGGAAGAUAAGAAGCGGAGAGAAGUUUGUGAACACCUGCUGCUGCUACAAAAGUUUACAGAGGACAGCGAAAAUCCAAGAGAAAAUCCAAGUGCAAAAAGUAGUAGUGAUGAUGAUUAUGCUAAGUCCAUAUUGUCCAAAGCUAUUAAACUUGCAAAGCAUUUGAAAAGCUGCUGCAGACAAGAUCCAGAUCCAGAGGGACCAAACAAUAUUAAUCAGAAUGAACAGGAUGUUGAAUAUCCGGGUUCAACAGAGGAAUUGAUCGGCCAACCAAACAGACCGGACAAUAAUAAUGUUGAUGAAGAAGAUUGUUGUUCGGAGGAGGAAUUGUGGGAAAUUCUGAGUCAUGUGUGGAUAGGGUUUCUGUUGUAUGGAGCCAGCCAUUGCAGAGAAGACGUUCAAUAUCUCAACAAAGGUGGAGAGCUUCUUACGUUUGUCCGCCUUUUGAUGGUUCAUUUUGGGCUCAGAGAAACCUUCAGGGAUGAAGCUGGUGCUGCUGGUGGUGGUGGAGGAUUCAAACUUGCAGCAGAAUUGCAGAAAGUAAUUAAAGAUGAAAAAUUACUACCUUUUCUCCCUAAAAUCACCUCUAAUUUUUUACCUUAGCCGCUUCAUGUGUUGAAGUUUGUUUGUUUGUUUGUUGUUUUUAAUAUUGUAAAAAGUGUGUCAAGAUGUAGAUUUUCGUUUCUUCGAAGUGACAACCGGGAGCAUACAGAGGUACCUGUGUGAGGACGAACUGGGACUGCUUGUGCCUUUAAUACUAUGAAGAUCAGUUAUUAAUCUUGGAUGUAUCCAUUGAUGAGACAUUGAACUAAAAACAUAUGUGAAAACAACAUAAACUAAGUAAAAAUAUACAAUUAUUCCCACAUUGCCACU